AUGGAUCUCACGCGUUCGUCGCAAGUGGUUGCAACUGUGCCGGGGAAAGGGGAUCAAAUCUUGCAAAAUGCUAUAGAUUCGUUCCGCACAGUCCUCACUCCUGAGCAGCUCGCCGAGUUCAACAGUAUUCAAUCUGUACCGGAUACAGAUGCCGUUCUCAUCUUCACAGCUGAACUGGAUCUUCGGCGACGGAGUCAGAAGGGUAAAAGCAUCGCCAGCCGCUUGUUUCCCGUCCUCCAAGCCGUACACAACUUCACAGCUGUCAUCGACACGUUCAUCUCAUCAAACCCUACUAUCGCAGCGCUGGUCUGGGGAAGUGUAAAGCUGACGAUGCAGAUCAUGCUCAACGCUGCAUCUUAUUACGAAGCCUUUGCCGAACUCUUCAUGAAUCUUGGCACGAUAUGUCCAAGAUUUGAACAAUAUCAGGCACUGUUCCCCAACUCUGAGCGACUACAAACAGCCUUAUGCAAUUUCAACGCAUCUAUUAUCCGCUGCUGCCAGCAUGUCAUCGACAUGCCGAAAAGUGGAAGUGGGUGGACUUCUCCACUGAACCCACUCAAUGCAUCGUUCUGGCAGUCAUUUCAGCAAGCCUUUGAAUCCAAUUUGCAGGAGCUCCGUGACUACAGCAAGAAUGUCAAAGAAGAGAUUAGACUGGCUCAGGCUCAAUCCGAGUAUCGCAACAGGGAGCUCCAAAGGAUCGAACAGGAUCAAGCUGAGAAAUCCAGGCUGUCAUUGGGUCGUUUCAUGUCUCGUACGCGUGAUGAUUUUGAUACAAUGCGCCAGUCGCAGGUUCUAAGAAACCAGCAGUUAGAAAAGAAAAACCAAAAGCUUCUAGACUCCUUGUCUUCCCACGAUUACCUUAAGCCCCUGAAGCAAGCUCGUCAGAAACGAUACCCUCAAUCAGCAGACUGGAUCUUCGACACCGGUGAGUUCAAACGAUGGGCCGAAGGAACGGCUGCACGUUUCCUUUGGUGUUCCGGGAAAAUGGGAUCCGGAAAGACAAUCUUAGCGGCGAGUGUAAUCGACUAUCUUUUGACCAAACCAUCCCAGGCUGGGAGCCGUGUCACCUUCUUUUUCUCUAGAUUUGACGAAUUAGAGUCACUGACCGCAGAGACAACCCUUCGAGCCAUUGCCAAGCAAUUAAUAUACCCCCGGGAUAUUUCAGAUUAUAUAAAGCAGGCUUUGGAGAAAGUCCAGAAUGCCAAUGGAGAAGUCUUGUCACAAGUUUCAGAGCUCUUUAUCCACCUCCUAUCCAAGGGAAGCCGCACUACAUGGAUAAUACUUGAUGGAUUAGAUGAGUUCCCCAGAGACGAGCGGCGCAAACUCAUUGACGUAUUGGGAUCGAUACUACUUGUUCCUGAAGUUAAGAUGUUUGCCACCGGUCGAGAUCAGGCUGAUUCCAUUCUUGCAAGAGCUAACCCGGGGCUCGAGCGACUCUCUAUGAAUUGCCCACUUGGCAAGAGUGGCAUGGAAGAACUAGUUAAUCAGGCUGUGCAGAACUGUCUUGAUGCCGAAGAAUUACUGGUGAGCGACAAGGAACUCAUUGCCGAAAUCAAAAACACUCUAACUCAGAAUGCCAAUGGGAUGGUUCUCUGGGUUGCUCUUGUCCUCAGAGAUAUAUGUACUCAGCCCAACAAUGAAAUGGUCCGAAAAGCCAUUGCAGUUGGAAAUCUACCAAGAAGCCUUACAGAUGUUUUCAACAGAGCCUUGGAACGAAUUAUUUCCACGGGAGGAGAAAGAGUCACUCAGGCACUUCUUCCGUGGAUAGUGGCGGCAAAGCAACCCCUAACACUUCCCCAGCUCCAAGAGUGCUGCUUUAUCAGUAUCCUCCAAAAACACAGUAUGAAAGAUCGUUACAUAAAUGGAAUACAGCGUCUUGAUGCUUGGUUCCAAGGCCUUGUCGAGAUUGACCAUGAGACGAAGACAGUUCACCUUGUUCAUGCCUCAGUCCAGCAAUUCUUUCAGACAGUGCCAGAUAAACCCAACCUUGCCAAGUUUCACGUUCAGGCCAAAGAGGCCGACCUUCACCUUGGGGAGAUUUGCGUUACUUACCUGAACUUCAAUGAUUUCAAGACGACAUUAUCCCGGCGACGACCACCCCUACCACCAAUGGCUCCCGACGAGAUCUGUGCCCAGGCCCUCAGUUGUGAGUGGAGUUGGGCUAAGCUUCUAAUACUUUCCCGGGGAAUUCCCAGUGGUCGGCGAAGAGCUGCCGACAUCGAUGGAGUUGUUGCUUCAUAUGCAAGAGCGUCUGAUGCAACAGUCCAAGAGACGAUAAUCAAUGAUCAUCCGUUCAUUUUGGCGGCCCGCGAAGGUCUUCUUGGAAUUGUACAGAUGCUGGUUAAAGGGGGGGUGGACAUCAAUGCUGGCAUGCCAGACUCACACGGCGUGCCAUUCAAUCUACCUCUUAUGGCGUCUAUCGAGACAGGUCAGAUCGGCAUCAUGGAAUAUCUUUUACAAAACGGCGCGAACCCCAAUUCUCGAACUACUUCAUACCGAAAUGCGCUUGAGCCGGCAGCAGAGCUCGGUGGUUUUGAAGGUAUCCAGGCUUGCCAAAUGCUCAUCAACGCUGGCGCCAAGCCAGAAUCUGGUGAACAAGAACCUACGGCUCAGUCGACUUUAGGCUACAACGCCCUACAAAGGGCUUGCCGGAGAGGCGAAUUCGAGAUCACAAGACUCCUCCUCGACGCAGGUGCCGAUGCUAACGGCACGCCCAAAGCAGCGAAAGCUGACUUUCCACUCCAGCUGAGCAUAAGAUCAGAAAAUAUCCCAAUUAUUGAUAUAUUAAUCUCUCACGGCGCUGAUGUCAACGUGCAGACCUCUGACGGCGACGCUAUCACACCCCUUCUAAAAGCUUGCUCGCUCGAGUCGCCAAGACUGGUCAUUGUUCAGCUUCUGAUAAGAGCUGGUGCAAAGGUGAGGGAUUCAAAGGACAAAGGCGAUAGGCUAUUACAAGAAGCAAUAAGAAGCGGUAACUGUAACUUGCGGCAAAGUUACCAGCAACUUGUAGAGAUGGAAAGCACUAUGAAGAAGUCCUACGCAAAUUGA